GGCCGCAGUAGUAGACUCUUCGGUCUCCUGAUCAGUCGCCGUACGCUGUGCGGGUUCGAGUCCCGUCCCAGGAGGAAUUUUUCUCUUGGCUAUGGAUGUUGUGAUUGUCCGUAGGUGGUAGACGGUCUCUGACUGUCGAACGCGGAGGUACCACCCGGCGGUUCUCGUAGGCGGAGUCAGAAUGUGUGCGUCCAGAAUGUGUGCAUGCUGCAUGCACCAGAGUCCGUGUGGCGUUCCCCCUUUCCCAUGUAUCCCCCUAUAGCUCCACGGUACCCAAUGGGUGUUUAGCCCUUAGGCCUUCGUGGUAGUUGGAGCAUAAAAAAAAGUAGUGGAGCCUCACAUUGUUCUAUACCUAGACACCAUCCAAAACCCGAAUUUUCAGCAAGACAAUGUCAGACCGCAUGUUGCCAGAGCAACGUUAGCCUUCAUGGAUCAACAUCGCAUCGACCAUUAACCUUGACCACCACGAUCGACUGACCUAUCUCCAAUUGAACAUGUCUGGGACAUGGUAGGU